CUGUCGAGAAUGAAUCGAUCAUCAUACAAUUGGACCAUCCAUUCGAAUUGUGGUGAUGUAAAUAAUCUAUGCAGUAUUAGUCAUCAAUGUAAUUUUACACGUACCGUACUUGAAUGUAUCGAUGAUGAUGGUUUUAUUAACUAUAUUCAAUUUACAUAUUGUAAUAUGCAAUCUGAACCAUUCAGUACAAUUCUGUUGGUAUUUUUAUUGAUCAUGUUAUUCUUUGCCAUUGGUACGAAUGCAGAUGAUUUCCUUUGUCCAUUGUUGAUUUCUAUUUCAAAAUCAUUAAAAUUAUCCGAUAAUAUUGCGGGUGUUACAUUUCUUGCAUUUGGCAAUGGUGCACCGGAUAUAUUCUCAUCGAUAAUCGGCAUAACAAAUGCCAGUCCGAAUCUUGUCAUUGGACAAUUAUAUGGUGCAGGAAUAUUCGUUACAACCGUUGUUGUUGGCAGUAUUUUGCUACAAAAACCAUUCGAAAUAAUGAAACGUCCAUUAUUGAGAGAUAUUUUAUUCUAUCUAACCACAACAACAUUGGUUUGGUCAACAUUUUUAGCACGAAAAAUUCUUCUCACACAUUCAAUCAUAUUCAUUAUUACAUAUUCGAUCUAUGUAAUUGUUGUUAUUGUAUCUGGUUAUAUUUAUAAACGUCGACAACGAUCAUUGAAAGCGGCUGCACAUACAAAUCAUGCAAUUGAAUAUAAUGGUGCAAAAAUGCCUAGAGAAAAUCUUCAUCGACAAACAAAAUAUGUUGUGAAUAAAAAUGAUAAUGAUCAAACAACCAACACUGAAUCAACAUCGAAUUCAACAAUGGCCAAAAAAAAUUUUGUCGAUGCUUUUGAAGGCGUUGUUCUAAGACGUAUCAAACAUCGACAAUAUUGUCAGGAUCCAACACAACAAAGACGGUUAACAUUGUAUCAUUUAUUUUCUGAUCCAACGAUGAAUGAAAGAAUGCAACAAACACAAAAACAUGAAAUUAUUCAUUCAAUUACAGUUAAUGAUAAUAACAAUAACAAUAUCGGUGGUGAAGUCAUCAAUAAACCAAAUCAAUUUUACAAUAAUAAUAGACGAAUAACAAUAUCCGACACUGGUUUUGCUAUGCGACAUCCAUCUAUUCCAUUGGCAAAUAAUGGUGAAGGAAAAAAUUUGGCAAAAUUUCUACAAAAAAUUCUCAUUUGUAAUAAACAUAUUGAUGAUGAUGAUGAAAAAGAACAGAAACAAGAUGUGAUUCAAGCAUCGAUGAUGACGAAAAUUAUGGCCGCUUCACGAAUUGAUUAUCAAGUUUUCCGUGAAUCAAAUCUAUUGGCAAAGAUCAAUAUGAUUAUCAAGGCACCCAUUUAUCUGAUCUAUACAAUCACUAUACCUGUGGUUGAUAAUGAACUACCGAAACAAGGUUGGAUUCGUCAAUUGAAUCUUGCACAUUUAAUUAUAUCGCCACAAAUCUGUUUAUUCAUCAUUCAAAUAAAAUUCAUGGAACCAUAUCAAUUACAUUUGAUUGUUUUGGCCAUUUCAUCAAUCAUAUUCAUUUUGGUCAUGUGCACUAGUCAAACAGAUAAACCACCUCGUUAUCAUAUUUUAUUUGCUUAUUUCGGAUUUAUUGUUUCAAUUUCAUGGAUCUAUACAAUCGCUACUGAAGUGGUCAAUAUAUUGGAUGCUAUACGUGUCAUUUUUAAUCUAAGUAAAUUUAUGAUCGGUCUCACUAUUGGUGCAUGGGGUAAUAGUAUUGGUGAUUUUCUUUCGAAUCUAUCUAUGGCUAAAAAUGGAUUUCCAAGAAUGGCCAUUUCUGCCUGUUUCGGUGGUCCAGUUCUCAACAUGUUGCUUGGAAUUGGAAUUCCAUAUACGAUCCUGUUUAUACGACAACAAACAUAUCAGAUUGAUAUUGAAUAUAACAAUAUGAUCACUGUAUUGUAUGUAACGAUAACAAUAUCAUUAAUGACUACCACAAUCAUUUUAUUGGCAUUUACAAAAUUUCAAUCAUCAAGAUUACAUGGUCUAAUUUUAUAUGGAAUUUAUGGUUGUUUUCUUGUCACAGCUAUCAUUACUGAAAUGAAGCUAAUUUAACCAACUAAUAAUGAUGAUGAUGAUGUUGAUGAUUGCAACAAAAAUUUGAAACUACGGAAAUGAAAUUUCUACAAAU